UGGCUGGCUUCACACGGGAGUAGACAGCCUUCCGGUCUCUACCUCGAGGGGAGCUUGGAGAUAGGAUUAGGGAGAUGCUUCUGAUGGUGAUGGGCCUCUUCAUGGUGGUGGACGCUCGUGACCUCUCUCUCUUAGAAUCUGUUGAUCGUCGGAUCGAGGAGGCGCGUCUGGAGGAGAACCUGUCUGCAACCAGUGAUGCCAGGAGCAACCUUGCGGCAGCUCGAGAGCAUGCUAGGUCCCUAGAGGCGGAGUUGUCUCACGCUCGAAGGGUUCUUAAAGAGUCUAACGAUAGGGCAGCUGCUGUUGAAGUCCGCUGUGAAGAAGUCCUGAAGCAGCUGUCCUCUACGGUAGAUGCCCUUCGUGAAAAGGACGAGGCUUUAAAUCAAAGGGACGAGGCCCAGCGUCAGUAUGAGGCCUUGAAGGCUGAUUUCGAGGGAGUCCGGGCACGUCUUAUCAAGGUGGAAGUCCAGAAGGAGGGGGCACUAGCUCGGGUCGAGGUUCUUGAGCAGGAGUUGAGUAAGAGUUCAGAUCGCAUCAGAGAUUUGGCCUCGGCGGCAGAGGAAUCUAAACUUCUCAAUCAAAAACUCUGUCAUGAGGUCGAGACUAUGGAGCAUAGAUGUUCAGCCCUGCUCAAGGAUGUCAGACUCGUUGAAGACAGGGUCCAGCUAGAGUGUGAGAGGCGUCUGAUGGAGUAUAAAGAGUCUCCCGAGCUGAAAAAAGAGAUCGAUCAGGCCUGUGAAGCGCGCCUCCAGGAUUAUAAAAGUUCUUCUGAAUUUAAAGUCAAGAUAGCUGAGGCCUGUGAGAAGCGACUUGCGGAGUUCCAAGGCUCUGAUGAAAUGAAAACUGCCAUAUGGAAUAGGGGCUUCCGCAUGUUCAUCUCUGGGUAUAAUAGAGGUCUGAGGACAGCCAGAUACGCUCUCUCUACCCCGUUGGCUGAACUCCGAGCUGUAGAGGAAGACUCUGAUGGCGAGGAGGUGCUUUAUGGGGAGGAUGACAGGCCUUUGCCCAAAGGGGCUCCUCGCACUGCAGCUGGGCCUUCUGAGGUAGGCGCCGAGCUGGGAGAUGGAGAUGCUGGGCCUCAAGGGGAAGAGAUUGUGCCUUUUGUGGGUACUGAAGAGUCUAAGCCAGAAGGUGCUGGGCCUCCCAUAGACAGUAAUGUAAAUGUAGAUAGUACAGGGGGUAAUGUAGAUGAUAAUGCCCCCAGACAUGUAAGUCCUUUAAGGACUGUUUUUCCUUCAGUAGAGUAGACUGUAAAGUAGGUUGUAAUUACUUUUAUUUUUAAUGAAAUUUAAUUUUCGAG